AUAGAUCUCAGUCCGCGAAUGGAGGCCCAGUCUCAACUGUUAAAUCGCGACGAUUUUAGUUGUGUAGUAGUUGUGACCUACUUGCCAUUGAACAAAAUAAGCCUGUCCUGCUUUCGUCCUAACAAUGCGACUCGGCAGUCUGUGAAUGCCUUUAGCUGGAAUAAUAUAACACGUAUUAUAAUUUAGCCAUUCCCACACAAUCCAUUAUACUAAAUUGGCACUCUUUAUUAAGUCUAGAAGAUACGCCAGCAAAAUUCCAAAAAUAUGUUAUCACUGAUAUUAUACGUUGUUUUUUUAGAUCAUGUUUUUGGUACAAAUGAUUCAAUUAACGUUAAAACAUACUAUUUCAAAUUAGGAAAAAGUAUUGAUCAAUUUAAAGUGGACAAUCGCAUAUUUUUCCUGAAUCACAAUAUAACAGAUCAGGAUUACUCACACAAGAGAGUCUGGAAACAAACAAAUACAGCAGAUGACAAACCGGCAAGCAUAACAACUGUACGUUCCUGAACCUUACGGGACAACAAAAAUAAAUGCAUUCCAUGGAGUUGCAAUAUCUGUUCUCCGAAGGAGUAGCCGAUUACGGAUGUAAUGAUGGUGAUUAACAAAAGUGGAAGGUAAAGUUAGGAGAGACAUCUAACGCAAAACUAGGAUUAUUUCGAACCAAUAUCUUGACGCAGAAUGGGACUUCGAUCACUCCAUUAUAACAAAAACAGAACUACCAGUGUUCAUCGAGAAGUUUCACGAAGAACAAGCGCGAGAUAUUGUGAACAGUCCUAAUAUGAAAUUUUUAUUUAACACACAAUGGAACACAACCAGCCCUAUAAUCAAGUUUAAUUUAAAUACUUUGAGGGAAAGAGAAUCUAUGUUAGAAGCCCAGUUAUAUAUUUAUUGGCCAGUGAGUAAUGAUUCCAGGAUUUAUAAGCAAUCCGCAGUGUUGCGAUUAUAUCAAAUUGAAAAUAUCAAGGAAGCUUCGAAUGAGACAGAGUUGCUGCAAAAUCCUGAUGUGCACAAGUUAUCAAAUGUGAUCUACGUAUCGAAAGCUCUAAAAGGAUGGCAGACUUUUAAGAUAACCAAAGCUAUAAACAACUGGCUCAAUGGCGAAUCCAAUAUGGGAUUAUUAUUGACUACUUCGCUCUAUGAGGGCAAUGAACUGAUAGAAAUAUUCAAUGACACAAACAAUGGUAUAUACAGCACUUUCGUUGCCAUCUCACUUGAAGACCAAGAUUCCUCACGAAAUACGAUUACUCUUUCUCAGCACAACCAAGCUGAGGCUGCAUGUCGAAAAACAACAUGGAAUGUUAGCCUCAAGCAGCUUGGAUGGGACAACUUCAUUAUAACCCCUUCAAACUUCCAAGCAUCAGAUUGCUCUGGAAAUUGUGCACAGGUUGACAUUACUGCCAUUAAUUAUGUAAAACUACUACAAAUAACUAAAAAAAGAAGAUCAUAUUGUGUACCUUCAGGUUAUACCUUCUUGCCUAUUAUGUAUUAUGAUAGAUACAAUAAUGUUGUAUUGAAAAAAUACAAGAAUAUCAUUGCAACGAGUUGUGGCUGUAGAUGAAAACGAUAUGGAGUUGUGCAAAAAUGUGUUCGUAUCCAAUAAAUAAAUUAUCAUACUACAAAAUA